AUGAUUGCAGAGGUAUUGCUGUUGCUUGCGGGUCAUUCCUCCUCGUUGUUCUCGGAAAAGGAUAACACCCUCAACCCCGUCUUCAUACCGUUGCUGCAUCCAGGCGAAGCGCAGUGUCUAGAAUCCCUCGGAUUGAUUGCAUUCCGAUACCGCAAAAUCAAGCAGUCCUGCGCUUCUCUCGCAACAUCGCCUUCGCAGUACAUCUGCACUCUGUCCUCAUCUCUGCAGAGGUUCCUGCGCGAUGGAUACGAAUCACUGGUGAUAGAUACCGAGGCCAGAGUGCUACAUCGAGACCCCAAGCUGGUCGCUGGCGGAUCCUUUGUUCCCCUCUCGGCUAUCCGAGCCACCUUCGAAGAAUGGGAAGCCCCUCUAGCUUCCUUCCAAUCUCUCAUGGAGGAAGUAGACUCUCGGGAAUCCUGGCCCCCAGGUCCUCUCAUAGACAUGCUUCAAGGCAGAGCGCGUACCGGUGUGCACCGCAUAGCUUCCGUUUUUUCGGAACUCUCCCGAGACGUGCAGCGCGUUUGGAGGACACACGCUAUCGCUUUCAUGAUUCACGGCGAGAUAGAGCUCUCAGGCUUGCUUACAACCGAUUACAAGCUUCUCGAUGGAUCCACCCCAACUUGUGUCUCGCCUCAGACGCGCGAUUCCAUGUCUUAUAUCGGCCGCGCAAUAGGGACCGUGAAAGCUGCCAAAUGGCAUCAACAAUUGCCACGUAGGCUCGCGCUUGAGUAUACUAGCGUGCUCGAAGGGGCACUACCGGAGGAUAGUUAUUCAUUUGGAAGAGCUAUUGGCACAAUACGGACCGGCAUCAGCGAAUGGCUUUGGGACAACGUACUCACCAGAAAGGACGUAGAUGAUGCUCUCGAUUCCAUGGCCAACUACUUCCUCCUUCGGAAUGGCGAGUUCGCCUUAUCGCUCAUCCGCGAACUCGAGCAACUCAAGCUAUCGCGUUUGACCUCGCGCGCUGGAUCAAGCACUAUCAUACGCGAACAAGAUAUCCAUCUCGCUAUGCUUCGUGCUUCGUUAGGCACAUCAGCUCAACAGGACUCAGCAGUUGCAUCCCUGCGCUUCCAUUUGCCUUCCGGGCCCGCGCAACCGUCCUUGACCUAUGAUCGCACUCUGACAUCAUCUAUCAUAUCCACGGAGGCGGUCUCGUUUAAUGACAUACUCCUCGGGACACCUGUUAUCUUGUCUUAUGUCGUUACAUGGCCGCUUGAUCUGUUUUUGCAGCCAGCCGAUAUUCAGGUAUAUUCCUCCAUAUUUUCAUACAUAUCUGCCGUGCGUAGGACCCAUACUCGCAUCCAUCUGUGUUGGUCCUGGCUAUCUAAUGCUCAACGAGCGCGCCGCCGAUGGACCGGGUUGAACGAAGGCGGCAGUCCUGAAGACGUCGAUGUUCGUAGGAACUUGCUGAGAUGCUCCUGGGGCAUCGUGCGUAAAAUGUGCUUUUUUCUGGAUGUGAUUCUGGGUCAUGUCAUGCAAGACGUUUGCGACGACGAGUAUCGGAGGCUCAAGGCACGGCUUAAUCCUCACAAUAGUCCAUCCUCGAUCAAUUUGGCACCGCCCGCGGCAACACAUCGCACAACUCGACGGCCUUCCAGCUCGUUGUUGGAGCACUCGGAGCAAACAGGCAACUCGACAACUGCCAGAUUGGACUUCACGAGCGUGCGCGAAAUGCAUGGCUUUUAUCUGAAGCAUCUCCUCGAAGGAUGCCUGUUAACGAACCAAGCGUUAUCCUCCAUCAUCCGGCAAAUCCUUGAUCUCUGCGAACGCUUUGUUGCCCAGGUCGAGCGUUGGGGUGGUGACGUUCUCCCUGCGCUGCUGUUCGAGGGGAGUCUCAAUGAUCGCGGGAGCGGUGAAACGGGAGAUAUGGUCAGAGAACGAUUCGACCUUGUACUGCAGAUGGACAGUAUCCUCCAGGCACUUUUCACUUCGUUCUACGACCAACUUUCGCUGUCAACAAGCAAACAGUUCAAUAACGCUGCACCGGAUGUCUCGAGGUCGGUCCUCCCGAAUGUCAGCAUGGCGGAUGCCACCACAUCAUUUGGAACGACGUUUGUCCGAAGUAUAGACGGAGAUGGCGCAUCACGAAGACAUGUUGAGAGUCUGCUGCUGAGACUGGAUUUCAAUUCGGGGUUUUCUAAGACGGAGUUACACCCCGCAAGCGAACGACCCUGA